GGGAUGCUGGUGUUGGCGAAGCCGGGGCGGCGAGGGCCGUGAUGAAGCGAAGAUGGCCGCUCGGGGACGCAGAGCGCAGCGGAGCGGAGCAAUCACAAAGAAAAGACAAAUAAAAACUACCGAAUAAUGAAAAGAAAAAGGAAGAAACCCACACCGCACACCGCCAAACGUUAUCUCAUAUAAAAGAUAUCGAAUUGCAUCUACGGAACUGCGUGGCUUCGGGGUGAACCCAGAAACGGAAGCGUUGUUUUUGUUUUUGUUUAUGUUUUUUUUUUUUUUUUUUUUUAUAAUAAUGAAAUUUACUCACCAUUUCUGAGAGAGAUCUACAAGUGAAGACUUUGGAAUAAUAUAUCCAUACAAUUAUAAAAGAACUGGACUGUUCACGUGUUGUUCGGUUGACAGAGAUUACCGGGCCGGGACGCUGAGAGACUCGGGGCACAGCCGAGCAAAUAAUCAUCUUAAUCGUUAUAAUUAAAGAAACCUGCGUCGGUUCUGUUCAAAGAAACAGAAAACCCGCCUGUCUGUGGAAAUAUUACUACAGCAUUUUACAAACUCUUAUUAUUAUUAUUUUCAUAAUUCACGUCCCGUCUGUCAACAACAGAGAGGCAUUCAAAAGGAGCUCGGAUUGAUCGGAGAUUGUCACGAUGGAGUCGGACGAGUUCGUGCCGCCUCCGGAGUGUCCCGUCUUCGAACCCACCCGGGAGGAGUUCGCAGACCCCCUGGGGUACAUCGCCAAAAUCCGCCCCAUCGCAGAGAAAUCCGGAAUCUGCAAGAUCAGGCCACCGGCGGACUGGCAGCCCCCCUUUGCAGUGGAUGUGGAUAACUUCAGGUUCACUCCCCGAAUUCAGAGACUCAAUGAGCUGGAGGCUGAGACUCGUGUGAAGCUGAACUAUCUGGAUCGCAUCGCAAAGUUCUGGGAGAUUCAGGGGUCCUCUCUGAAGAUCCCCAAUAUUGAGAGACGCAUACUGGACCUCUACAGCCUGGGCAAGAUAGUGAUGGAGGAGGGAGGCUACGAGACUGUCUGUAAGGAGCGACGCUGGGUGCGAGUGGCUCAGAGAUUGGGGUACCCCCCCGGCAAGAACAUCGGCUCCCUGCUGCGCUCGCACUACGAGAGGAUCGUGUAUCCCUUCGAGAUGUUCCAGUCGGGGGGCAACCUCACGCAGUUAAAGUCCCGGCAGCUGUAUGACAGUGAAGACAAGGAUAAGGAGUACAAACCCCACAGCAUCCCCCUGCGGCAAUCUGUACCCCCAUCCAAAAUCAUCAACCUGGGGCGCCGGGCCAACCGGCUGCAGCCUGACCCCGAGCCCACAGAGGAGGACAUUGAGAAGAAUCCUGAGCUGAAGAAGCUGCAGAUCUACGGAGCCGGGCCCAAGAUGAUGGGUCUGGGACUGGUGCCCCGAGACAAGGCCCUGAGGAAGAAAGAUGAGCUCCCCCAGACUGUGGUGGUGAAGGACAGUGUGGGGGUGAAGGAGGAGCCCCUCUCCCCUCCCCCGGGGCCCGACGAGGACGUCAAGCCCUCGGGGGACUCCUUGCAGCCCGACGUGAAGCCAGAGAGCCCCAGCCAGGAGGAGCCCUGCACCAAGAUGACCAUGCGACUGCGACGCAACCAGACCAACACACAGAUCGUGGACUCCUUCGUGUGUCGGAUGUGCUCUCGCGGGGAUGAGGAUGACAAGCUGCUUCUGUGUGACGGCUGUGACGACAACUACCACACCUUCUGCCUCCUGCCCCCUCUCUCCGAGACCCCCAAGGGGGACUGGCGCUGCCCCAAGUGUGUGGCUGAGGAGUGCACCCGCCCCGCGGAGGCGUUUGGGUUUGAGCAGGCGACUCGGGAGUACACGCUGCAGAGCUUUGGGGAGAUGGCCGAUGCCUUCAAGGCGGAUUACUUCAACAUGCCUGUCCACAUGGUCCCCACAGAGCUGGUGGAGAAGGAGUUCUGGCGGCUGGUCAGCAGCAUCGAGGAGGACGUGACGGUGGAGUACGGAGCUGACAUCCACUCCAAGGACUUCGGAAGCGGAUUCCCAAUGAACAACGGGAAGAGGAAGCUGGCACCGGAGGAGGAGGAGUACGCCCGCAGCGGGUGGAACCUGAACGUCAUGCCCGUGCUGGAUCAGUCUGUGCUCUGCCACAUCAACGCUGACAUCUCGGGUAUGAAGGUGCCCUGGCUGUACGUGGGCAUGGUCUUCUCAACCUUCUGCUGGCACAUCGAGGACCACUGGAGCUACUCCAUCAACUACCUGCACUGGGGGGAGCCCAAGACCUGGUAUGGGGUCCCCUCAUCAUCAGCAGAGCGUCUAGAGGAGGUGAUGAAGAAGCUGACCCCCGAAUUGUUUGAGAGCCAGCCAGACCUGCUGCACCAGCUCGUCACCAUUAUGAACCCUAACAUCCUGAUGGGGUAUGGGGUGCCGGUGGUGCGUACCAAUCAGUGUGCAGGGGAGUUUGUGAUCACCUUCCCCAGGGCUUACCACAGCGGCUUCAACCAAGGGUACAACUUUGCAGAGGCAGUGAACUUCGCUGCCGCAGACUGGCUCCCUGCAGGACGUCGCUGCAUUGAGCAUUAUCGCCGGCUGCGUCGGUACUGUGUGUUCUCUCACGAGGAGCUCACCUGCAAGAUGGCGGCCUGCCCGGAGAGACUGGACCUCAACCUGGCUGCCGCGGUGCACAAGGAGAUGUUCAUCAUGGUGCAGGAAGAGAGGAAGCUGAGGAAGGCGCUGCUGGACAAGGGUAUCACGGAGGCGGAGCGCGAGGCGUUUGAGUUGCUCCCGGAUGACGAGCGGGUUUGUGACAAAUGCAAGACCACCUGCUUCCUGUCAGCGCUCGCCUGCUACAGCUGCCCCGACCGGCUGGUGUGCCUUAAUCACAUGGACGAGCUGUGCGCCUGUCCCCCAGAGAGACACUACCUCAGGUAUCGCUACACCCUGGAUGAGCUGCCCACCAUGCUGCACAAGCUGAAGCUGAGAGCAGAGUCCUACGAUAUCUGGGCAGGCAAGGUGAAGCAGGCCCUGGACAUGGAGGACGGGAGGAAGAGAGCAGUGGAAGAGCUGAGAGCCCUGUGCUCUGAAGCUGCUGAUAAGAAGUUUCCUGACAAUGAGCUGCUGUACCGGCUGCGUGGCACGAUCUCCGAGGCAGAGCGCUGGGUGAGCGAGAGCGCCGUCCUGCUGGGGAAGACACGCAGACACACCGGCCUGCCUAAGAUGACGGUAGCUGAGUUGAAGACGUUCCUGGAUCAGAUGCAGACGCUGCCCUGUAUCCUGUCCCAGAUCCCCGAGGUGCAGGCCGUGCUUUCGGCAGUGGAGCUGUACCAGGGCAGUGCUCAAGCUCUCCUGCAGGGGGCGGCGCUCUCCCCUGCGGCCCCCUCUCAGAUCCAGGCCCUGCUGGAGCAGGGGGCUUCCCUGCCUGUGGAGGCCCCCGAAGUGGAGCAGCUGAGGGGGCUGCUGGAGCAGGGGCGUUGGCUGGCGGAGGUGAAGCGGGCCCUGGCCUCGGCGGGGUCGCAGGUCACCUUGGAGGUCAUGAGGUCGCUGAUGGAGGCGGGGUGCAGCGUGCCACAGAGCGCUGCCGUGGAGAAUGCCAUGGCCGAGCUGCAGGAGCUGCUGACCAUUGCAGAGAGCUGGGAGGAGAAGGCUGGUAUCUGCCUGGAGGCCAGGCAGAAGCACCCCCCCGCCACCAUGGAGGCCAUCAUUAAGGAGGCUCAGAACAUCCCAGUGCAGCUGCCCAAAAUCCUGGCACUCAGCGAGGCCCUGAGCAAGGCACGGGCGUGGACCGCCGACCUGGAGGAGAUACAGAAUGGAGAGCACUUCCCCUGCCUGGAUGAUCUGGAGGGGCUGGUUGCGAUCGGCAGGGACCUGCCUGUGCGCAUGGAGGAGCUGCGGCACCUGGAACUGCAGGUGGUGACCGCUCACUCCUGGAGAGAGAAGGCAAGCAAGACCUUCCUGAAGAGGAACUCCUGCUACAGCCUGCUGGAGGUGCUGUGCCCUUGUGCUGAUGCCAGCUCAGACAGUGUGAAGCGUUCCAAGUGGAGGAGGCGGGUGCGGGAGAGGGAUUGCUCCCUCCUGUAUAAAUCCGACAUCGACAGCCUGGGUCUAUCAGCUCAGGAUCUCCGGGAUCCCGGCUCCAUCGUCUCUGCGUUCAAACAAGGCGAGCAGAAAGAGAAGGAAGGAAUCCGGCGACUGCAGAAGAUCAACCUAUCGAAGACCUGCCCUAGUGGACGGGUCUCCGAGGGAGAGGGGAGUGGAGACGCCCCCACCACCACCCCCCCCUCUUCUGCCCCCGGGGGGAGACGUGUGGGGGGGACACCCCUGUGGGGCCCCCCCCUACAUGGGGCGCGGCCCCCCAUGCUCCGCUGCCAGCUCUGCAGAGACUUAUUCCACAGCGGUUGCGUUUCUUUUCCCAAACUCCUCCCCCAGACCUCCCCCAGCCCCGCCGCCUCCUCUCCUCCCAGUCCGGUGCUGUGCUGGUGGGACUGGGAUUCCAGGUUCCUGUGCCCGCUCUGCCAGCGCGGUCGGCGCCCCAGACUGGAGACCAUCCUGGCCCUGCUGGUGGCCCUGCAGCGGGUUCCUGUGCGCCUGCCGGAGGGAGAGGCUCUUCAGUGCCUCACCGAGAGGGCCAUCAACUGGCAGAGCCGCGCCGCGGCCGCGCUGGCUUCCCCCGAGCUCCAGGGGGCACUGGAGAAGCUGGCGCAGCUGCAGGACAGGCUGGCUGGGCGGGAGGAAGGCCUGUCAAGUGGUACUGGGAGUGCUGGGAAGGGACACGGUGAAGACAGGACAGAGAGAGAAGAGGGGCACAGCCAGGAGGACAGCAGGGAUGGGAUGAAAAGGGAGGACGAGAACACGAGUGCAGACACAAAGUCCUCUCAAGAGAACGGACACUCAAGGACGGAAAACUACAGCUCUGGUGUGACAGAUAUUGAGCAGCUGCACGCCCUGUUGCCCCUCCUUGAAGGCCCAGUGAUCGAGCUUUCCCCCCAGGCUCGUGAGGAGCUGGAGGAGCUGCAGAUGGAAGGGGAUCUCCUGGAAGUGUCAUUGGAUCAGAGCCAGUCCAUCUGGAGAGUCCUGCAGGCAGCGCAGAAACCCCCCCUGGACACGCUGGCCACCAUCAUCGAGGCCGAGAGGAUGGAGAGUCGGUCCGGGGGGAGGGCUCGAGCGAAGGACUCGGACAAGAGGAGGAAGAGGAAAUGUGGAGGAAGAGGGGAGGGGCUCCUGAGCGUCUCGAGGGACAGGUUUGAGACGAAGAAAACUAAAGGGGAGGCGGCACAGCCUCUGCACAGCAGCAAUGGAGUGGGGAUCUUGUGAUGGAGUCUGUCCUGCUACUGCAAUUGUGUUCUACUUCAUUACUGUUUUAGAUUUAAAUUUUUGGGGGUUUUUUAAAAAAAAAGUUUUGGUCACUAAAAAAAAAAAACAAAAAAAAAAAAAAAAACUCAACAAACUGAAGCUAGAGAGACUGACCCUACAGCCCCUCGGGAGAGGAGGAUCGGGGGAGGGGUGGAGAGGGUCAGAAUUGGACAGCUAUACCCAGCCCGGUCCCCCGCUCUUGAUGCAGUUCAGGGGGUGCAAGACUGCUGAAGCUGCAGUACAGGAAAAUAUAACCGCAGCAGCUCUGCUCUGGACCGCGUGGCCCUGGCUCUCUCAGAGCGGUCCUCAAGCGCUGCUGGGGAUGUUGUUACACGCACGCUGUGUCCUCAUUAACACAGUUUCUUUUUGUUUAUUUGUUU